AUGUCGUCCAAAGACUUCAUCAUCAGGCACAUGAAUGCCGACCACCAAGAUUCUCUGAUACUAUUCCUACAAGCCUACUGCGGCAUCACAUCUACUCAAGCCAAAAACGCCCAACUGGAAGAAAUCAGCACCUCAAACCUGAUCAUCACCGCUCAGGGUACUCGCUACAGUGUCCCGAUCGAACCCGUGAUGAAGGACUACUCGGAGGCGCGUGGUCGAAUGGUCGCCAUGCACAAGGAGAGCCUAAAGCGUCUGGGCCGCAGCGAGAUCACACUCGCAGAGUACCGUGCCCCACGCGGCAUUGAGGCCGUGAUAUUCGUGCUGUGUUUGUUGUUCUACGUUACCUGCUUCCAGCGCAGCAAUCUGCAGCCUGGCUCGGAUCUCUACGAGUACCUGGGUCUCCAGCGCGUUCCCUGGUUUCCGCGUAUUGUCUGCAUCCUCCACCCGUACGUCGUGGCUAUUCAUAUCGUCGAGACCAUCGCGCUGGCUGUGACUCAGUUGAGGCCCCUGAAUGUGCCUGCUCUGUCGGGUUUAUGGUGGAAGUGGGUUGCGUCGUGUUUCGUUGAGGGAUACGGUUCGUUCAAGCGCAUUAGGCAGAUUGUGAAGGAGCAGAAGGCGAAGAAUGGCAAGAGCCAGUAG